GGUUGGCACUGUCUUUGGACAGCAAGCAUUGCUUGAGCUGAACCUCUACUGUAUCACUAUGUCCCAGAGAUAUAGUUCCAGCAAACAAUACUCUUCCUCCCGAAGUGGAGGAGGAGGAGGAGGAAGUUCAUCCAUCAGAAUCUCAAGCAGUAGAGGCUCUGGUUAUGGGGUUAGCUCUAUUGGUGGAGGCUCUAGCUAUGGCAGCUGCUCAAGAGGGGGCUUUGGCAGUGGAUCAGUAAGGGGCUUUGGAGGAGGAGGAGGAGGCUUUGGUGCUAGCAGCAGCUUUGGGAGUAGCUUUGGUGGUGGUGGCUUUGGUGGAGGAAGCUGUGGUGGAGGAAGCUUUGGUGGAGGAAGCUUUGGUGGGGGCGGUUUUGGUGGGGGCAGCUAUGGUGGGGGAAGCUUUGGUGGGGGAAGCUUUGGUGGAGGAGGCUUUGGGGGAGGCCUUGGGGGAGGCCUUGGAGGAGGCCUUGGGGGAGGCUUUGGUGGAGGUGAUGGAGGGCUCCUCACAGGCAAUGAGAAGGUCACCAUGCAGAACCUGAAUGAUCGCCUGGCCUCCUACCUGGACAAAGUGCGAAGUUUGGAAGAAUCUAACUAUGAGUUAGAGCAAAAAAUCAAGGAAUGGUAUGAGAAAAAUGGCAAUGCCAAUCAGCGAGAACCUCGUGACUACUCUCAUUAUUAUGACCAAAUCAAAGAACUUAAGGAUCAGAUCCUGAAUCUAAGUACUGAUAAUGCUAAUGUGCUGCUGCAAAUUGACAAUGCCAGGCUGGCUGCUGAUGACUUCAGACUGAAGUAUGAAAAUGAAGUGACCCUGCGUCAAAGUGUGGAGGCUGAUAUUAAUGGCCUGCGCAGAGUCCUAGAUGAUCUGACUUUGGCCAAAUCUGACCUAGAGAUGCAGCUUGAGAGCCUGAAUGAGGAACUGGCCUUCCUGAAGAAGAACCAUGAAGAGGAAAUGAAAGAUCUUCAAAAUGUGUCCACUGGAGAUGUGAAUGUGGAAAUGAAUGCUGCUCCAGGAGUAGAUCUGACUGAAUAUCUGAACCGCAUGAGAAGUGAAUAUGAGGCUAUGGCUGAACAAAACCGCAAGGAUGCUGAAGCCUGGUUCAAUGAAAAGAGCAAGGAGUUGACCACAGAGAUUGAUACCAAUGUUGAACAAAUGUCCAGUCACAAAUCUGAGAUCACUGAAUUGAAACGCAGCCUUCAAGCUUUGGAGAUUGAACUGCAGUCACAACUGGCCCUGAAACAAUCCCUGGAAUCAUCUUUGGCAGAGACAGAAGGUCGUUAUUGUGUACAGCUGUCACAAAUCCAGGCUCAGAUCACUGCUCUGGAAGAGCAGUUACAGCAGAUCAGGGCUGAAACAGAAUGCCAGAAUUCAGAAUACCAGGUGCUCCUCGAUAUCAAGAUCCGCCUGGAGAAUGAAAUUCAGACCUACCGCAGCCUGCUAGAGGAAGGAGGUAGCUCAUCUGGAGGUGGUGGCCGUGGAGGAGGCUCUGGUGGUGGAUAUGGAGGAAGCUCUGGUGGUGGAGGAUAUGGAGGAAGCUCUGGUGGUGGAGGAUAUGGAGGAAGCUCUGGAGGUGGAGGAUAUGGUGGAAGCUCUGGAGGUGGAGGAUAUGGCGGAAGCUCUGGAGGUGGCGGAUAUGGUGGAAGUUCUGGUGGCAGUGGAGGAUUCAAAAGUUCUGGAUCCAGAGGAGGUUCAAGUGGAGGACAAGGAGGAAGCACUGGAUCUGGUGGAGAAUCUUCAUCUAAAGGCGGCUCAGCAACAAGGUCAGCAGAACCUUACUGGGAUUUUAAUAGAAGCCAUGUGAUCAAGACUAUCGUUGAGGAGGUAGCCCCUGAUGGUAGAGUCCUUUCAUCCAGAGUGGAAUCAGAGACCAAGAAGCACUACUAGUAAUGAUACUGACAUGGAUGCAUCUUUUUUAGUAGACCACAACAGAUCACAACAUAUCCGGGCAAAGAAAAUCUCCAUCAAUCCUAAUGGUCUUAGACACCUUCUCUCCCUUUAAACAUAAGGUGUCUAAAAGGUUUCUCAUGGUUUCUUCCUAUUUCUUUUCACUUUACCAGAGAGUAUUCUUCAAGGAAAACAAUUCAUAUAGAAUCUCUCUGUUUCUGUUUACUGCAAUACUUCAAUAAACUUUCUUACUGAUGCAAACAA